CUAUCGUCACCGCGAGGUUUACAACUGCGACGCAUCGAACUUAAAUCUAAACGUUACCGCUCUCCAUUCACACCUCGCCUCUUCCUCAUUAACAGGCACACCAGUAGCCACACCACCUCCUCCCUGGUCCAUUCUUUAUAGAAAACAGCGAGCAGAAUGUCAACAGAGCCUGUCAGAAAGCGCAAGAGACCUAAUCUCUUCACAAACGAUGUCCGCGCCUUGCUUUAUGCGUUUGGUGAUGUCUCGAAUCCGGACCGUGAAUCAGUUGCCGUGCUGGAGGAUAUUUUAACAGACUACAUCGUCGACAUGUGCCACGAAGCAGCAAGAAUGGCGCACACCACAAAGCGCAACAAAGUCAAAGUCGACGACUUCAAAUUCGCGCUGCGAAACGACUACAAGAAACUCGGCCGUAUCGAGGAACUCCAGCGGCUGUCGAAAGAGAUUCAGGAAGCGCGCAAGACGUUUGAUGAUUCGGAGGGCAAGUCGCUUGGGAAGUCGGCUGAUAAAUGAGAAAGCUGGUUAUUUGCUAUCGUGAUGUUUUUUGUCUGUGAUUUUGCUGUUUUGUAUCGUAGCAUGCGUUACUGGCGUUUUGGGUCGGGCUUUCUUCCUUAAGAUCAGAAAAAUAAUAUAUAAUGAGCAUAAUAGUUUACAAUAUGCCUGCAAGCAAAU